AUGAACUUAACCAGUUUUUCGCAGAAGGACAUCAGAGAUUACAGCACUCCCCAACUGUCAGCCAGCAUACAACCCCAGCUCAUAGCACUGGUGGUGUCCAUGGCUUUGAAAGUUUCCAAACAUAUGGAAAAAAGCUAUCUGCUAGAAAAAAUUUUGCUGGUUCAAACGACUGAGUAUCUCGAAGCAACCAAUCCCUCGCUUCUCGCUGAAAACCAAUCUGGCUACAGCAAAGGUUAUAGUACAACAACUGCCUUAGCCAAGGAUUGUUCUGGCCAAAUAGAGUGCGAUGCAUUGGAAGCCGAAAAAAGUCCGAUCGACGGCAACUCACACACUUUGGAAGCGGAUUCUCCUACUGGCAGUGGCAGUCAACGGAAACACAUUUGCGACAUCUGCGGUGCAUCAUUUAAGUUAGGUUCUGGCUUAAGCCGUCACAACAAGGUCCACAGAACCGUUGUAUCAAAUCCUUACGAAUGUGACUUAUGCAGUAAAUCUUUCUCGACAGUUCAAACACUGAAGAUUCACCACAUUUUAAAACAUACAACGGAAAAGAAUUUCAAAUGCGACAUAUGCGGUAAAGAGUACCACUUAAGCGCACAUUUGAAGCAGCACCUGAAGAAUCACAACCCGGAUCAGACGUUUGAAUGCGAUAUCUGCGGCGCUUCAUACAAAACAGCUACUGGUUUAAGGCUUCACAAGAGAAUGCACGCAUUGGUUGAGCCAAAACCUUACGAAUGCGACCAGUGUGGUACUCGGUUUGUUUGUAAGAGUGGUGUCAAUAGACAUAAGAAGAUGAAACAUUCACAAUUCAAGAAACCUGUUGACCUGCUGUUCAAAUGUGACUUAUGCAGUAAAGCUUACGCGUCAAAUCGUACACUGCAGAAUCACCGCAUCACGCAUACGACGGAAAAGAAUUUCAAAUGCAACAUUUGCGCAAGAGACGUAUGCGACGAAAUCAUCGCAAAAAGCCCGGAUACUUUCAACGCUGCGUACACCAUCGCACACUCCUUGGAAGCGACCCGGAACACGACCCGAGAUAUCAAUACUGGCACACCGCCGCCAGCGUACCCCAAAGCUACCAACAAACUUGGCUACGAGAAGCCAAGAACAAGGAAGUCGCCUCAAUCUCGUCAACGAUUGCCACUCUUUCAACAACGAACGCAAGUUAACCCGUACAUUGCUGGUGAAUCACGUCCCUGCAACGGCUGUGGCGGACAGCAUCUGAUAAAUCAAUGUCGGUUCCACAACGUCUGGUGUAACGCCUGCGGCAAGAAAGGUCACAUAGCCAAAGUCUGCCGAUCCGAGAAAUCUCAGAAUUCUUCUACUGAUCUGGUGGAGUCCCAAGAAACGCCGACUUCCGAAACCGACUUCGUGCAGUCCCUCCAUCAGGUGCUCAACGUCUCAUCCACCGGAAAGAAACCCAUCGAUGUUGAAAUCGAUGGCCGCCGCCUGCAAAUGGAGCUGGACACCGGAGCGCCGUGUGGAAUAAUAGGAGCCAACGAAUCGGCAAUUCUCCAGUUACACUGGACAUCGCAUACAGUGCCUUGGUCGUCUCCCUGUGCAAGUAUCCAUCGGAUGUACAUCGCGCAGAUUAAACUUAUCAGUCCGUCAACUCACUCACGAGCACCGAACUUACUCCGGAUCAAGCAGCUCACUUGUCGCAGCUUUUGGACAACUUCGACAACUAUCUUCAGCGACAUUCCUGGAAAGCUCGAAGGACCACCUGCGAAAGUGCACCUGAAACCAGGGACAUCCCCAGUUUUCGCGAGGGCUAGAGACGUGCCUUUUGCGCUGCGUGAUCGGUAUGCAGCCGAGAUAGAUAAGAAGUUAGCCUCCGGAUUCUACGAGAAAGUGGACUACUCCGAGUGA